UGGACCGGCCCAUUUCCAACUGCAAUGUCCUUUCAUUACGCCGCUCACUCUCGUCUCAGAAGUCAGAAGUCCCUAGUUCUUCACUUCUAUUCCUUGUGCGCGAGCUCUCCGUCUUCUUCUCUUCCUAACUCCACUCCACUCCACUCCACUCCACUCUCCCUCGCCUCGCCGAAACCAACUCCAUUGCUUGGCUUCACCAUUUCCAUCUCUAUCUAAUUCAUUUCCUUCAAGGGCGUUUAGUUUCACCUUCGCUGCGCCAUUCUCAAUUCAUUUACCUGCUGCUGGCUUAUACGUUUUUCGCCAUGUCCGCUGCGAGAUCCUCCACGGCCAAGACUGCCCACUGAGGUCGUCGCCGUUCAGCCAACUGCUAUGCAUAUCGGCUCCGACACAUGUAUCGUUCCCUGGGCGUCCAACGCCUCGUCUACCGCGCCCGUAUCGCCAGCUACGUCAAAAUGGGUCUCAUCGACAACGCAGUCCAGGUGUUCGACGAAUUGACUCGGUCGGCCUGCCCCUUCUUCAGCGUCGAUUACAAUAGGUUCAUGGGAGUUUUGAUUCGUCACGGACGGUUCGACUUGGCCCAUGAUUACUACUCCAAGAUGGCGCCCCUGGGUUACGCCCUGUCUGCGUUCACUUACUCCCGCUUCAUCUUCAGGUUGUGUGAAGUUAUGCACUUUGCUCUCGCCGAUGAACUGUUGCGUGACAUGGAGAGACUUGAGCGGUUGCCCGAUAGUUGGGCGUUUAAUAUUUAUUUGAAUCUUUUGUUUCGUGAAGGUAAGGCAGAACUAGCAUUAGAGGUGUUUGAUAGAUUGGCUAGUAGAGGGAGACUGCCCGACGUUGUAACAUACACAAUUUUGAUCGACGGGAUGUGUCGAGUGAAUAAUUUCGACAGAGCAGCUCAGUUUUGGAAUGAGAUGAUAAGUAAAGGGUUUAAACCAGAUAAUAAGGCUUGUGCAGCCCUUGUGAUUGGGUUGUGUGGGGGAGGAAAAGUGGACUUGGCCUACGAGCUAAUCGUUGGUUGGAUGAAUAGUGGUCAGGUUGAGUUUACUGCCUUGGUUUAUAAUGCUUUGAUUAAUGGGUUCUGCAAAGCGGGUAAGAUUGAUAAGGCACUGGCAAUUAAAUCAUUUAUGAUGAAGAAUGGGUGUGUGCCAGAUGUAGUUACAUAUAAUGUGUUGUUGAAUUAUUAUUGUGAUCAGAUUUUGCUGGCUGAGGCAGAGAUGUUGAUGAAGCAGAUGAAGAACAGUGGGGUAGAACCUGAUGUAUAUACUUAUAACCAGUAUCUUAAGGGACUUUGUAAAAUUAAUCGGUUGGACAAAGCUUAUUUGUUCCUGGUGAAUAAGUUGGAACCGAAAGGUUUUUUUGAUGUUGCUUCUUACAACACUAUAAUUGGGGCAUUUUGCAAGUGUAGACAAAAUAGAAGGGCUUUUUCGCUAUUUCAAGAAAUGCAGCAGAAAAUGAUCGCACCAGAUACAGUGACAUUCACAGUACUCAUAAGAGCGUUCCUACAGGAAGGUAGUUCAGAUGUAGCCAAGGAACUUCUUGAUCAGAUGACAGGAAUGGCUCUGGUUCCUGAUCGUAUAUUUUAUACUUCUAUCAUUGAUCACCUCUGCAAAAGCGGGAAAGUUGAGGCAGCUCAUGGUGUUUUCUCAAAUAUGGUGGAGCAUCACAUUGUGCCAGAUGUAGUAUCGUACAAUGCUCUUAUUGAUGGAUACUGCAGAUGUUCUAGACUAAAUGAAGCCACGGAUUUGUACUGUGACAUGCAGAAUAAGGGAUGCUAUCCUGAUGAAGUGACAUACAAGUUGCUUAUCAAAGGCCUCAUCAAGGACAAGAAAAUUUCAGUUGCUUGUAGAUUGUGGGAUCAGAUGAUGGAAAAAGGAUUUACACUUGAUAGUAAUGUUGCUGAGACACUAGUCAAUGCCAUACAUUCAGAGGCUUCAAUGUGAACAUUGUAAAUGGCACAUAUAGCAAAGUGGCUUCAGUGUAUCCUCUCAGCGCACUAUCCUUCAAGGACGUAUUAUAAAGGUGACACAGGUUUAACCUCUGAUUUUAAGCAUCCGAAAAAUCAAUUUUGUUCAGAAUAUCCAGGAGCAGUUAACUUAGUCGUCCCUUUGUUCUCUCUUUUCUAGCUUGGACACACAUUUUGUCUAGUGAUGCUGCCUAUUGGUGUUCCAUGAAAUCAGAAGCAGGUGCUGGACUCUGUAAUAUUAGCAGGUAGACUGUAAUGUCAUUAUGCAGUGAUUAUAUUAAUUAUACAUUACAAGCUUCUAUUUUAUGAUAAGGUUUAUGAUUUGUUGGUAUCUAAUGACUUAGAAAUAACAGGUCUGGGAAUACUUUAGUCUCUUAACAAUGGGCUUUCCCUCUAUGAUGUCAGGGUUUUAGGUGUGGGAGUGAGGAAAGAAUGUUAAGUAAAGCACUGGGAAACUGCACGAAGAAGUAUAAGAGUAUGUGCAGUCUGAAUUCAGAGUAGUUUAGAGAUAGUUAAAAUGAACACCUGUCUUCGUUCCCUAAUAUUUUUAGUUGGGGGUUUGACUGUAAGCAAUAUGAUGCAAUUUAUUCUGUCAUACUUGUCAUUAACCUUUUACUCGUUGUCAUUCAACUUCUAAAUCUUAGUUGGAAAUGAAUACUAAUUGGAAAAUUGAAUUCCAGGCCUAAAUAGUUGCUGCAGAAUCCUAUUUGCGUGUUUAUGAUGAGAAUUUCAUCUAUUUCCUGAGGACCAUGGGCAAAAGAAUCUGAUACCUCGUCAAGUAAAAGCUACCUUCUAAGUUCUAACAUUAGCCAGAGAUAGUUCAUUGCUGAGUGCCCUUUGUCCUGCAAACAAAAUAUAACAAGUAUACCUGGUUAUCAUUGUUGGCUGCAGCAGUACAUGAUUCAUUGUCGGUUUUCUCUUUUACAGUCAGAGACAUCAAACUACUUCUUGAGGCCAUACCUAGUGACUGCAAGGGAAGUUGCAGAUCCCCCAAGUCCAGUGAGUUUGAGAACUUUGCCCUAAAUAAUAAUUGAUAUUGCAUAGUGUAUGUUAGAUUAAGUCAAACGGUUGAUAAGCUAUCAACUCCCAUCUCUUUUAUUGACUUGAACAUUGCAGGUACCAUCAGUCUAUCUUCCGUUGGUUACUGUGAGAUGAGUAAAACGUAUCUUCUAGUCUUAACUUGCCACAGGCUGAAGCUGCUUGCCAAUAGCGCCAUUCAAAUAGUUCCUCCCUGGCCUGUGGCUCACAGGUUGACAUGUUAAGGUUCAGGUGAAGCAUAUUCCUGUUCUGUCAAAGCAUCUAAGUCGCUGAACUGAAAAAACUACCAUUGUCAGCCAAUUCCGGUAUGUGCAUCAUUUCCUUGUUGUCCUUAAGUUGUUAUACCUCUAGUGCUUAGGAUUCCAAUUGGGCCAACUGCUUCUUACACAUUGAGCUCCCGAUUUCAUCACCUGGCAAACAGAGGUAGAUGGAACUUAGAUGUUCAUCACUAGUACUUAUUCCUCCUCAAGAGUAAUUCGUUGACAAACUAUUGGAGUUCUUGUCCUGGUUCCUGUAUCCUAACCACUAGUUGGAGCCAUUGAGGGGGUUUUGUGAACAUUGUGAAUAGCUUAAAGUAAGCAAGCACGUAAAGUGGACUUUUGAGGUCUUCAGUUCUAUACUUAAAUAUUUGUUUAGGCGCAAAUUAUUCUUCAAAAAAGCGGUCAAGCCUGACCUAACUCAACUAGCGUAUCUAUUAUCUAGACUUUCUAGAGACCAGCAUGACAAUUUUGUCAUUGAUGUCACAUUACCAAAAACGCUCCUCUGUCCAUAAACAAUAUGUAUUUCAACGUCUUCCUUUUUCUUUCUCUAGCUUAAUACCCAUUGGAUACGAGUGCUUAAUUUUCUGUGGUUUAGGUUUCAUGAUUUUUAUACUUCGAGUGUUUUGCCUUGUCAGGAAUCUUGCAGUUAGAAAACGAUGUGACUCCUGUCUAUUAUGUGUAGUAAGUAAUACCUCCGGACCCAGCUGUUAUGUGUUAUUGGCUAACUGGUCUCUGAUCCACCUGAGUCAACUUGUUAGACAAAAUUUGUUGAAUAAUCCCAUCUCCUUUCCUUCAAAUUUGUGCUGAUCUUUCAUCUCCCGCCAUUAAUACACUCUUCGCUUUCAUCUGCAGAUACCUACAAUGAACCAAGCGAGCGCGCAAUUCGGCAGGCUCCAGUCACUGAGUAAGAGAAUGACCGGACCUCCUACCCGCAUGUGCAUGUUUGUUAAAAGCAAAAAAUGGCUGUCAAGAUGCAGAGACAGAUCCCAAAUGUGAAAUGCCAGAGAGUGCAAUGGAACUAGCCGUCAUGUGAAACAGAGAAGGGAAAAAGGAAGUAUCCUAAAACGGCUUUGGGCCUUUCCACCCUUUUAUUCAAGCACUUGCUUUUGGUGGCAAAGGACUGUGAGACGGGGCCAGCCAUAGCCAUAUUUCCCUUCGUACACAGUUUCACCACCCACUGGUAUAAUGUGUGGAUCCCAUCAAACCAAAAGAGAGGUACUGAUCAAAGCUGCUGAUGAGAGUGAUCACAUGCCAUCAUGGUGUGGGUUCGAGUUCCAUAUACUUCCAAUUGUCUGCUCAAGAAACCGUGUCUGUCUGCCAAUUCGGCGACCUCAGGGGAGAUUUCUUCAGAUUAGACAUCCAUUCAUUUGUUUAUUCGUUUUUGAGUUGAAGAAGGGAUCUUGUUCCUGAUCAAGCUGUAAUCACUUUAUUGUACGUGUGGGUUCCCUUUAUUUCCCCCCUCUUUGAACUAUUUGCUAACGGUCCAAGUGGGAUACUGGCUGUAACAAAAAGGAUGGAAGACCCUUUACUUCCCAAAACAGUGUGGACCUAUCUUCCAUUAGGAAUGACAUGGUGCAGGUAUGUCGAUACUGAUUCUUGCUCUGUAACAAAUUGAGUAAUUUAUUCUAGUCUCUCCGGUUGCGGGUGAGUGAAUCACAAUGAGGUAUUUAUGUUCUUGGAGGAGGGCCCGUUUCCUGUCUUCCAGAGCGCUAAUGCGGUCCCGGAUCCGUUGCAUGGCUGCAGCCACAAGCGCUGGAUCGAUGGGAGGCAGGUGCUCCCAAAAGGCAUCCAGGGUUUGCUGCCGUCGCUAUCCAUGUUUUGAAUUUCUUUAUCUAUUUUUUAAAGUAUUUCAGCAGUCGCUGGAUUAGCAAGUAAUCCCUUGUUCUUGUGCUUCCGUUCAAUAUCUCCCCUCGUCUUCGCCCUACGGGCUCAUAAUAAACCUUAGGAGAUAAUACUUAGGGUAUCCAGAGAUAAUUCUUAGGGUUACACUGGGGCUUAGGAGUAAAUUCUGCGGGUAUUCUACCGGCCAACUACUGUACCAAUCUUCCCCUUUAAUCAGGUAAAUGAGCAGUCCUGUUAUGAACGAACAAGCGAGCCGGCUGUUGAUGAAGCGAGUGUGCGGUAGGAAGUGACGAUGGAAAAAAGGCAUAAGAAGAGUGACGAGGGGGCGGUUCCUCUCAAUGUAUUAUAACAAUAAAACUCAUACAAGGAGCAUCAAAAGUCAAAUUCACAGGUUGUUCGGUUCAAAUCUCUUAAGCUAAGCUUUUUUCUUCCCGACACAGUGGCACUCCUUUCAUCUUUGGAUCCACCAACGGGCGCAUCCCACAACUCGGGAUAGGUCGAUCUAAAUGGGUAUGCAAUAUAAAAGGAAAGGAAAACAUUAGAAAUAUUAUUAAAAAUUUUAGAAACUACGAUCAAUUUUGUUAAAUUAUUCGAGCAAUUAAAGGUCUCGCCUAUUUAUUUAUAACAUUAUAUAACGAACAAGGGAUUGGUUUAGUGGUCAUACCACUAGUAUUGAACUUGGAGGUCCCAGGUUCGAAUCGUUUCAGUAGUACCUAAUAACAAAAAAGUAACAUAUAUCAACCUUAUCCUAAAAAAACAUUAUAAUUAAAAUAUGAGAUAAUAAAAGUGAAAUUUUUUAAGUAAUUUGAGAAAAAAUACAUGUAAUUUAGGUAAAGUGAGACAAAAAUAAUGUGAGAUAAUAAAAGUAAAAAUUUAAG